AUGAAAGGAACUCUCCUGCCACUCUUCGCCUGUCUGGUCGUUGUCCUGGCUGGCGAACACGCUCCCACCCACAGCCACUAUCAUCACGUCAGGACAAACAUCUUUACCAAGGAGGAAUCUGUACCGUACCCGGUAGAAGUCAUCAAGCAUGUGCCUUAUCCAGUAAAAGUAUCUGUAGAUCGUCCGGUGCCUUAUCAUGUCGACAAACCGUACCCAGUCAAAGUGGAGAAGGAAGUUCGUGUACCCGUUCAUGUCCAAGUACCUCAGCCAUACCCAGUAUACAAAGAAGUCAAGGUCCCUGUCGAAGUUAAGGAGGAGCGACCAGUACCAUUCCAUGUACCCAAACCGUACCCAGUGACUGUGGAGAAAAAAGUCCCUUAUCCAGUCGAGAAGGAGAUCCCAGUGCCUGUAAAGGAGUACGUCGAAGUACCUAAGCCGUAUCAUGUACCAGUUGUAGUCGAGAAGAAAGUUCCUUAUUACGUAGAAAAGAAAGUACCAGUUCAAGUCCAAGUACCAGUAGAGAAGCCGUAUCCGGUGGAAGUAGCCAAACCGUAUCCAGUGACAGUAGAGAAGAAGGUGCCAUAUAUAGUUGAAAAGAAAGUACCGUACCCUGUCAAAGUACCAGAAUACGUCAAUGUACCUGUACCUGUCCAUAGUGAACAUUCAUCUACUUCUAGUUUCUCUUCAGAAGGAGGCUUAGGACAUUAUCACUUCUAG